AUCAGCGAGUCGUAUUCUAGGUCACGACGGCGCCUGCGAUUCCCCAACCCACCAUAUGAGCGAGGAGGCCGGCGAAAUGGCUCGCUGCCGUGGUGCUGCCUCCCUGCCGGACGACGACGACCUCCUCCGAGAGAUACUCGUGCGCCUCCCGCCGCAGCCAUCCUCCCUCGUCCGCGCCUCCGCCGUCUGCAAGCGGUGGCGGGGGCUCGCCACCGACCCCAAGUUCCUCCAGUGCUUCCGCGCCCGCCACGGGAAGCCGCCCCUCCUCGGCGUCUUCCGGACCCUUGGCGAGCUCGUCUUCAACCCCAUCCUAGGCCCACCCGAUCGCAUCUCCCCCGACCGCUUCUCCCUUGGCAGCUGCCGCAGCCGUCACCACAACGGCGUGCUCGGGUGCCGCCACGGUCGCGUCCUCGUCAAAUGCUUCGCGACGAAAGAGGUCGUUGUGUGCGAGCCCAUCUCCGGCGAGCAGCGCCGCGUGGCCGUUCCGUCGCCGUUCAAGUGCGGCUUUUUCAACGGGGCGGUGGUCUGUGCCGCCGGCGACCAGGGCCAUGUGCACGGAGGCUGCCACUCGAGCCCCUUUAAGGUGGUCCUGGUGUCCAUGAGCAGAGAAGAUAAUCGACCCCUCGCCUGCGUUUACUCUUCGGAGACUGGCAUAUGGGGCAAUAUCAUCUCAACAGCGGCAGAAUGUUGCCUAUCUGAUACCGGCUCUCCUGGUACACUUGUUGGCAAUUCUCUUUAUUGGUUACCUAUGAGAGAUGGUAUACUUGAGUUUGGGUUGGAUGGGGAGAGCCUUUCUGUGAUCGAGGGGCCUCCCGUUACAGAUGAUUUCAGCGAUGGCAGCCGCCAGAUAAUCCAGGCUGAGGAUGGCAAUAUUGGCUUGGUCAUAUUUUCUUACCCUAGCAUCCAAAUUUGGCAGAGGAAGGUCAAUUGCCAUGGUGUUGCCAACUGGUUGGUGCAGAAGACUGUUGACAUGCAUAAUAUUCUUGGGCUUCCUCCUCAGAUUUUGUUACGGGCGAGAGGCAUGGAAACUAUACUGGGAUAUGCUGAGGACACCGAUGACAUUUUUAUAUAUGUUGACUCCAAUGUCUACAUGGUUCAACUUAAGUCAAUGCAAUCCAAGAGACUUCAUGAAACCCGUUAUGUCUUUGACUACCAUCCUUUUGUGAGUUUCUAUACACCAGGCAUAGCCAAUUCUGGUGGAUGUGAUGGAGCUGUAAUGUUGCAUCAUAAAUAGGACGGCCGUCUUGUUUGAUGUUCUAAUCUGCUAAAUUGGUUUGACUGGUGCAGGAAAGGCUGUUGGAGUUCUCUUCGAGUAUAUCACAUUGCAUCAAGAUGGUUAGCCUCGUUUCUAUGUUAAAAAGAUUUGGCCAGAGCACACCUUUGUCUAGCGAAGUAUUUGCUAUAUUCAGCUACAUGAUGGGCCUCCAUGUUGGAACUCCUGUUUUCUUCAUCAACUUAAUAUAUGCAAAUCUUGUGGAUCAAACAAUUCUAUCAUGCAUGCUCUGAGCAGGAUUCUAUAUUAGAUGUAAGGUAUGCUUGAUAUACACGAUGCAGUUUUUCUCAUAUCAGGAGGGAGUUUCACCUUACUGUGUUUUGUUGUAGGUAUGUAUGUUCAAAUACAUAGGAUGGAGUAUUUCUUUUCAAAUGGAGAUAGGAUAUAGUUUCGUUAUGAUAGGAUGUAAUUUUGCUAUAACAGAUGUAGUAUUACCUUAUAUACUUGUUGUAGAUAUGUUCAACAUGUUUUAUAUAUUGGAUUUAGUUUCCAUCAUAUAGGAUGCAGUUUUACCUUGCUUAGUUUUGCUGCGAAAUUAGUUUUGCAUUCUAGCAAUUUGAAUUUGUUUCAGCAGUUCCAGAUAAUUGGGAGUGUUGGUUUUGGAACUGAGUUCGGUGUAUUUUUUCUAUGCACACAUCAAGGAUUUCAAUUUUGUUCUUGCCACGU